AAACUCGCAGGCGCCCGCCGGAGGCCCGGGGGCGGGGCCUCGGGCGGGGCGGGGCGGGAGGGGCGGAGCCUGCCGCGCCCGGGCUCUGAGCGGCUGUUGCGGCGGCGGAGAACGCUCGGGCGGACCUCUCGGCUUUCCCGCGCGGCGCCGCCUCCCGCUGCACCUCCGCCUCUCGCUCGGCCCCGCCGCCGGCUUCCUCCUCCCCAGACCGCCCUCAGCCCGCGCGCCAGCCGGCUCCGUUAUGGCGACCCGCAGCCCCAGCGUCGUGAAAGACACUGGAGAGUUCCCCGAACCAGCCCCAGCCCCCACCACCCACAUAGCCAGGAGAAGAUGGCUGCCUGCAAACCAAGAGAAGAGACCUCAAAUGAAACCUACUUUGCUGCUACCUUGAUCUUGGACUUCCCAGCCUCCAUAACUAUUAGUGAUGACGAACCAGGUUAUGACCUAGAUUUAUUUUGUAUACCUAAUCAUUAUGCCGAGGAUUUGGAAAAGGUUUUUAUUCCUCAUGGACUAAUUAUGGACAGGACUGAACGGCUUGCUCGAGAUGUGAUGAAAGAGAUGGGAGGCCAUCACAUCGUAGCCCUCUGUGUGCUCAAGGGGGGCUAUAAAUUCUUUGCUGACCUGCUGGAUUACAUCAAAGCACUGAACAGAAAUAGUGAUAGAUCCAUUCCUAUGACUGUAGAUUUUAUCAGACUGAAGAGCUACUGUAAUGACCAGUCAACGGGCGAUAUAAAAGUAAUUGGUGGAGAUGAUCUCUCAACUUUAACUGGAAAGAAUGUCUUGAUUGUUGAAGAUAUAAUUGACACUGGCAAAACAAUGCAAACCUUGCUUUCCUUGGUCAAGCAGCAUAAUCCAAAGAUGGUCAAGGUUGCAAGCUUGCUGGUGAAAAGGACCCCUCGAAGUGUUGGCUAUAGACCAGACUUUGUUGGAUUUGAAAUUCCAGACAAGUUUGUGGUAGGCUAUGCCCUUGACUACAAUGAAUACUUCAGGGACUUGAAUCAUGUUUGUGUCAUUAGUGAAACUGGAAAAGCAAAAUACAAAGCCUAAGAGGAGAGUUCAAGUUGAGUUUGGAAACAUCUGGAGUCCCAUUGAAAUCACCAGUAAAGUUAUCACAUGUUCUAGUUCUGUGGCCAGCUGCUUAGUAGAGCUAAUUGCAUGUUAUCUUCUAAGAAUUUUACGUUUUGUAUUUUAGAAAUGUCAGUUGCUGCAUUCCUGAACUCUUUAUUUGCACUAUGAGCCUAUAGACUAUCGGUUCCCUUUGGGUGGAUUGUUGUUUGACUCGUGAAUGAAAAAUCUCUUAAACCACACCACUAUUGAAUGAAAAUAUUGAAAUCGUAUCUGUAAGAAACAUUUAAAGAGAAGAAUAUAUUAGUUUUUUAAUUGGUACUUUAAUUUUUAUAUAUUCAGGAAAGAACAGAAGUGAUUGAAUAUUGUUAAUUAUUACCACUGUGUGUUUAGAAAAGUAAGCAGUCAGUUUCAUAUCAGUGACAGCACUUAGAGGUAUUGUUAUGUCAAAUAAAAAAUAUGUCCUGGGAUUAUUUUAGUAGGUUUCAACACUAUUGACUGUAUUUUCUCUCUUGUUCAGAUUAUUUCCGGUGAGUUGUUGUCAAUAAGUACAGACCCAUAAAUUCCAGAAACCUACCAAUUUUUGAAUUCGUCAGUGUAAAAAUCCUUAAAAUAAAGGCUGUCUCU